AUGGCGAAAUUAACGACUUUUCUGUAUAUCGGCCUUUUGGCCACAGCAUUGCUUGCUAUAGUUAACUGUAUUGAAAGCGCUGCAGACGGAGCAAAGGAUAUAACAGCAGUCUCUGAUGGAGGGAAUGCAGCCUCUGAAACGAAACCAUCUGAGAUGAGAUCAGAGCAGGAACCAACACCUGAAGAAGACACUAACAAAUCGGGCAGUGUCUCAUCAAACUCAGAGAAGGUACCAACCCCUGGAGAAGACACUAACAAAUCGGGCAGUGGCUCAUCAAACUCAGAGAAGGUACCAACCCCUGAAGAAGACACUAACAAAUCGGGCAGUGUCUCAUCAAACUCAGAGAUGGUACCAACCCUUGGAGGAGACACUAACAAAUCGAGCAGUGGCUCAUCAAACUCAGAGAAGGUAAAAACCCCUAAAGAAGAAACUACCAAAUCGGGCAGUGUCUCAUCAAACUCAGAGAAGGUACCAACCCCUGGAGAAGAUACUAACAAAUCGGGCAGUGUCUCAUUAAACUCAGAGAAGGUACCAACCUCUGGAGAAGACACUAACAAAUCGGGCAGUGUCUCAUCAAACUCAGAGAAGGUACCAACCCUUGGAGAAGGCACUAACAAAUCGAGCAGUGGCUCAUCAAACUCAGAGAAGGUAAAAACCCCUAAAGAAGAAACUACCAAAUCGGACAGUGUCUCAUCAAACUCAGAGAAGGUAAAAACCCCUGAAGAAGACACUAACAAAUCGGGCAGUGUCUCAUCAAACUCAGAGAAGGUACCAACCCCUGGAGAAGACACUAACAAAUCGGGCAGUGGCUCAUCAAACUCAGAGAAGGUACCAACCCCUGAAGAAGACACUAACAAAUCGGGCAGUGUCUCAUCAAACUCAGAGAAGGUACCAACCCUUGGAGAAGACACUAACAAAUCGAGCAGUGGCUCAUCAAACUCAGAGAAGGUAAAAACCCCUGAAGAAGAAACUACCAAAUCGGGCAGUGUCUCAUCAAACUCAGAGAAGGUACCAACCUCUGGAGAAGACACUAACAAAUCGGGCAGUGACUCAUCAAACUCAGAGAAGGUAAAAAACACUGAAGAAGACACUAACAAAUCAGGCAGUGGCUCAUCAAACUCAGAGAAGGUAAAAACCCCUGAAGAAGACACUAACAAAUCGGGCAGUGGCUCAUCAAACUCAGAGAAGGUAAAAACCCCUGGAGAAGACACUAACAAAUCGGGCAGUGACUCUUCAAACUCAGAGAAGGUAAAAAACCCUGGGGAAGACACUAACAAAUCGGGCAGUGGCUCAUCAAACUCAGAGAAGGUACCAACCUCUGGAGAAGACACUAACAAAUCGGGCAGUGACUCAUCAAACUCAGAGAAGGUAAAAAACCCUGGAGAAGACACUAACAAAUCGGGCAGUGGCUCAUCAAACUCAGAGAAGGUAAAAAACCCUGGGGAAGACACUAACAAAUCGGGCAGUGAAAUUCGUUCUCCACUUUUCCCUCUCGACGAUAUUUUGAAAGCCCUGGCAGGUUUUCCUGGCAUUGCUAACACGAAGAAAAGAGAAGGCGGUGCAGUAGCAUGCGGUUCAAAGGGAGUAAAACAAAAUAGAGUACGAUCAUCUAAUACUGAUUGUAAGGAUACAAAGGGAAAGAGUAAAGGGAUUAAACUAUGGUUCGGUAACUGA